AUGACCAAUGAAAACGACUUCGAUGAACGAUUCAUGGAAUCGUUUUCAUCUGAUUCCAGCGAUACCUCCAAGAGCAUGAAAAUUGCCUGGCAACAACAGGAUGCAGUCGGCAAAUACAAUCGAACAGUACUAAACAAUAUCAUAGCCGAGAACCGAACGAGACCGGUCAAAGUCCCCCAAGUCGUUGUACUUGGUGCUGGAGAUAGCUUCAGAUAUGCUUUUCUACAGAGACAGCUCCAACCUUUAUUAAGCAACAACGAACGACUCACUAUGGAGGAUUUCUUAAAGAACGUUGAUCUCACCGCACUUAACUUUAUGAAGACAGGUACUAUAAGAAACAUCGGACUUAGUUUGACACAACCGCAGAUGAAAUCGCCCACGAACUGUGAAGAUACAUUAGAGUUCGUAGCCAACUUGAAUGUUCUUCCAGUGAAGAAGUUCUUCAUGAAAGUGGGUACCAACGUGGGUAAUGGUGAAGGAGACGGAUAUCUUACUUUACAAUGGAAGAACAUUUUUGGAGGAGGGGAGUUACUUAACUUUGACACCAAUCUAUCUUUAAAUGGACUUGGAACAAAGAACAAGUCACAGUAUCUACUCAACUACUCGAUGCCUUUGAACAACAACCCAAACCUAAAGUUUGAUUCCUUAGUGUAUCAUUCUUCUAGACUUAUAGAUUACACCACAUAUCACGACCAAUACUCUACGGGUAUUACAAAUAGAAUAAGUUCAAACUUUUUCCCUUCAGAAAAGAAGUUCAAUCAUGAAUUGUCUUUUGAAAACCUUCUAAGAGGCAUCAAAAUGGCAUAUUCGCCUAACAAUUAUAGAGGAAAUUCACUUGUUAACGACUAUUUCCUUAUGAAUGCUGGCCAUUCGUUGAAAUCCAGCUUGUGCUAUACUUUGAAGUAUGAUUCUAGAGACUCUCUGGUACUUUCACGCCACGGUAAUGCUCUUAAAAUAUCCUCGGAAUUAUCAAUAUUACCUGGUUCAAGAUUUCUUAAAAAUUGUUUAGAAUCAUCUUCUAGCCUUCCGUUGACAGAUACUUCCUGCCUAAAUAUCAACUGGAAAUUGGGAUUAAUUACCAGACUAUAUGGUGAUCCUGUGAAUCCGAUGGAUAAGUUUCAACUAGGUGGACCUAACGACAUGAGAGGCUUCAUGCUAUCAGGAAUGGGUCCUAAGCAGAUGGGUAUGUCAAUUGGUGGUGAUGCUUUUUUUGCUGCAGGUAUCAGCUUGUUCAAUAAAAUUCCCUUCGUUGCCAAGGAUUCCAAUUUCAAGAUGCACAGCUUUCUUAAUACAGGAAAGCUAAUCAAUGUUGGAAGCUACAAGGAUGGUGGUAGCAUAUCCGAUAUUGCUCGUGGUGUGACUACAGAAGUCGACCUUAGUGCAGGCUUAGGUGUCGUUUAUGCACAUCCUGCGGCAAGAUUCGAACUCAACUACACUUUACCAUUGGUGGCACACAGUGGAGACGAUCUUAGAAGAGGCUUACAGUGGGGAAUUGGAUUAUCAUUCUUGUAA